AUGCAAUUACAGAACCCGCAGUUGUCUCAAACCAAUAAUAGAGGUGUUCAGGAAGGUCAGAUGGUAAAGAUGUUGGGCACAAUCGAGGCAUCUACAGUUACUUACAACCCCUCAACUCAGUUAUUGACCUUCUACAUCACCACUAUUGCGCCCUCGCUGACUUACGAGAUACACACUGGGGUCAAAGAAUUUGUUAAAGGAGGGGAUGUGUUUUACAUGCCGAAUAAGCCAAAAAUGGAACCCACACGCAUCUUAAUCGAGGGCCCACAUGAGAAUCGCAAGAUUGCCGUUAAGCUAGACAUCAGUAAGUUAGAGGAGAAGGAAAAGGUCUUUAACAAGCAUUACCCAAAGCAGAUGCCCUGUGUGAUUGUGCUGCGCUAUCGAACAACUGAGUUUCGGAAGAAAGAAAACGCAGACAACAAUAUUAUCUCCAAUGAGAGUAAUAACGAUGAUAAGGGCGAUACUGAAGACGUUGAAGAAGUGGUUGUGGAGCAUACUGAGCACACCGCAGUUGAUCUGGCCGAGCGGCCAAAGAGGCGUGUUAUUAGUCAAAUAGUUACAACUGGCGGUAGCGCAUAUGUAGUAGAGAACCUUUACGGUGCUGGCCACGAGAAUGCAACAGGUGUUAGUGAGGGCACAGAGCUGAUGGUAGGCUCAACCAUCGUACCACAUGAGGGGGAAGAGGAGGAGGAAGGUCUCUGCGUUAUUUGCUUAAUGAACUCAAAGGACACAGCAGUGAUGCCCUGCCGACAUAUGUGCAUGUGCAAAGACUGCGGGGAGCAGCUUCUCAAGCACAAACCAGUCUGCCCGGUGUGUCGUGCUCCUAUUUCGACCCUGCUGCAUAUGCCUUCCUUCACGAACGGCGGCUCCAAAUAG